AGUCACUUUGGGGCUUCAGACUAUACACGUGUAAAUAAACAUGUGGGGGUGUGUUUGUGGGUUGUCUCGGUGACAGUUUCUGGGCUGCCCGGGUGACACCUUGCUAAGGUCAGAAGUCCGUGGUGCAGGGGCCCUAAAAAUACCCUGUAAAUCUGAUGCCUGUUAUAGAGCAGGGGCACACACAGCACCGCCGCUCCUCUCUGCUAAUCAACAGGAGGAAGUGAGGAUUCUGCAUUAUGAGGAAGUAAUUAUGGUUUAUCACCGGAAUGUCAGAAGCUUCAUUUCUGUCAAUACAUAGUUAAAAUUACGCAAUCUCAACCGGAAACUACCUUGCGUCUGAUGACAAUUCCAAGUUACGCCACUAAAUCUUGAGUGAGCGAAUCAUUUGUGUGCUUUUUUUUUUUUAACUUCCCCUCAUGGGAAGCGCACCAGGAGAGUUCCUUCGGGAAUGAAAUGUCGUGGAAAGCCCCCCGGAUCGACUGACCGCGGAGGACAUGGCUUCUUCGCGGAGCUCAAAGGCGUCCGAUAGGCGGAACGUUUCCGCGGCGAUGGCGGAGGACGAGGAGGACGCGUACUCGACGCCGAGCGCGUGCGAGCUGGAGAGGCUCCUCUGCCGCGGCGGCGUGGCGUACACGCGCGUCAACGAGGUCUGGCCCAACGUCUACAUCGGUGACGAGAUGACGGCGCGGAAACGGUUCCAGCUGCAGACGAUGGGCGUGACCCACGUGCUGAACGCCGCGGAGGGAACGCUGAACAGCGUGGACACGGGCCCCGCCUACUACCAGGACGUCAACAUCGAGUACUACGGCAUCGAGGCCGACGACGUCCCCACCUUCGACCUCAGCCCGUUCUUCUACCCCGCGGCCGAGUACAUCCACGACGUCCUCAGCAGACCGGAGAACAAGCUGCUGGUGCACUGUGUCAUGGGCAGGAGUCGGUCUGCGACCCUCUUCCUGGCCUACCUCAUGAUCUACCAUCACAUGACCCUCGUGGAGGCCAUCGAACAGGUGAAGUGUCGCAGACGCAUCAUACCGAACUGGGGGUUCCUGAAGCAGCUCAGGCAGCUGGACGGGCAGCUCCAAGAACAGAGGCAGAGCUCCAGCAACGAAGACAGCGGCGACAUGCCGAAAGACUGAAAAAACUAUCCAGCAGAAGCAGGAAUUGUACUUAUGUGCCUUUGGGUCAUCUGGGGCUCGUAUUUAGAUGUAUAUUUGAGAUGUAUAUUUUGAAGUGCCAGCUGAAAUCAACUGCUGUACAUGUACAGUGCUGGAAUAAUUUCAGUCACGUCAAUGUAAACAUUUUACACCACAGUGCAUGUCGAAUAUAAUCACUGAUCAUUUGCUUACUGCUUGAACUAAUUAAUUUAUUAGACACAGGUAGCUCUGUAUCUAAAUCAUACUGAUGCACUGUACAUGAUAUAAUAAAGCAAGGCCUUUUGACUGAAAGCAAACUUUAGUAAGGCUAUGAGGUGAGAUUUAAGCGUAUUGUAGUUGCCUUUAAAUUUAAUUUGUCAAUUUUCCAUUAAAAAUAUUUUUGCCAUUCUC